AUGACUGAAUACAUUGAAACAGAUGUCUUGAUAGUCGGUGGCGGGCCUGUAGGUCUCCUCAUCGCGUACAGCCUUGCCCGUCAAGGGGUUGAUUCUCUUCUCGUUGAACAACACGACAAACACCAACAAGCUAUGUACGGUCGCGCCACGACGCUCUUCCCACGUACCCUCGAAAUGCUCGACCAGCUUGACCUCCUGGAAGAACUAAAUCAGAUCGGAUACAUCGGGCGGAACAGUGUCACCUAUAAGGACGGGAAACGGGUCACGUCACGAGGAUGGCAUGUCAUGUUCGAGCGAAUGAGUGGAACGUUUCUUGACUACUGUCUGAACAUUCGCCAGAAGUACUCAGAGGAGGUCAUUCAGGGCGCGUAUAAGCGGUUGGGCGGCGAGCCGUAUGUGGGCUGGAAGUUGGAGGAGUAUGCUGUUGAUCAGGACGGUGCGGGUGGGGAUGAGUAUCAGGUGAAGGCGAAGAUUAGGGAGGGGUGUACCGGUAAGGUUUCCACGGUGAGAAGUAAAUACAUCGUCGGCGCAGAUGGCAGUCAAUCGCUGGUUCGACGGUUGGCGAACAUUCCAUUUGAAGGGGACCGGACCGAGUUCAAAUGGGUGCGAAUUGAUGGGUAUUUCGAAACUGACAUGCCGGAUGCCGAUAUGGGGUUCGCGUCAAUCGAGUCCCCGAGUCAUGGCAAUGUGCUGUGGGUGCAGCUCGAUCAUGGAGUGAAGCGGAUCGGGUUCGCCACGACGGAAGAAAUGCUGGCAAAGUACGGCGGCAAGCUUACCGAGGAGCAAGCUAAGCACGAAGCUAUUGAAUCCAUGAAGCCGUUUAAAUUAGAUAUCAAGUCGGUGGAAUGGUGGACUCUGUAUAGUAUCAACCAACGUGUGGCUGAUACUUUCUACAACAACGACCGAAUCCUGUUGGCGGGUGACGCUUGCCAUACGCAUUCUUCAGGAGCCGCGCAAGGCAUGAACACAGGCGUCCAUGACGCCGUGAAUCUCUCCUGGAAGCUUGGCGGGAUGAUCAAAGGCUGGUAUACCCCAGACUUGCUGCGCACAUACGACAGCGAGCGUCGACAAACAGCACAGAAGCUUAUCGAGCUCGACAAGGCAUUCUCGGCCACCAUGUCCGGGCGAGUCCCAGACAGCCACAAGGCGUCAUACACCGAUGCAAAUGAACUGCUCACGAAGCUGUUCGACGAGACGAUCCAGUUCAACAUCGGCCUGGGCAUCUACUAUCCGGAAAAUAUCAUCAACAGAGCGCCUUCUUCCGGAAUGGUGUCUGCUGGAUGGAGGGCCCCAGAUGCUUUGCUAUACGCGCCUGGUUCUCGUCUCCCAACUCGCCUUUUCCACAGGACGAAGAACUUCGGCCAAUGGUCAAUUAUCGUCUUCGCAGGACAGCCUGCCGUGACGCACAACGUCCUGGCGCCUGCAGUGGAGCAGUUGGGCGAGAUUGCGAAGAUAUUCCCCACCAACAUGACUCGCUUCCUGACCUUGGUGGCCCAGAGUGCAGCAGAGGGCGACAUGAUGUUUAACCUUCCCAAGAUAGGAAAUGUGUACUAUGACCAGGAUCGUUCCGCUCACUCGGCAUAUAGUAUCUCGACUAUGAAUGGAGGCGUUGUGGUUCUUAGACCGGACGGUCUGUUGGGGCAUGCGGCACCUUUGGGUGACCUGGAUGGUGUCGCAUUUUUCUUUGAAAGAUUCAUACAGGUUGAUGCAUAG